GCUUCGUCUGGUGAGGGAAUUACGGCAACGUAGCAAUACAUCAAAUUAAACUUAACCUCAAAUUUACCAGACAAUUGAAUAGAAUGAACUCUUCAUGGAGACGGUAUUUAUUGUAUUUCGCGCAAGAACACGUCGACUUUCGAUUUGCGGAAGUUCAAUCCCUGCUGUCCUUAUUUAAAAUUACCAUGCGUAUCCUAGAGAAACCAGAAGAUUUGCAACCGUACUGGAUUGUAGAGUUCCAAAAAGAAGAAGAUGCUAAAUUAUUAGCAAGUCGAUCGCUAUCAAUAAGAUAUUGUUUGGAAUUGUGGGGUCAUGCCGGAGGUCUUGAUGAUUUACACAGAGAGCUUAAGUGUAUACCCACCAGUUUUUUCGAAAAUCAUUUGCAACUGAGCAAAACUUUUAAAAUAGCUGUACAAAGUUUUUGUAAGCACUUGGCCCAAACUGACAAAAUUAACAUAAUUCAGACUUUCUCCUAUCUUCCCUUUAAAGGGACGGUUAAUUUGAACAAUCCAGAUACACAUCUCCUUUAUUUGGAGUAUUAUGGUAUCGAUUCUAACGAUCCACCAAGUGAACCAUACUGUGUUUUCUUCGGGCGGAUAGUUGCUGCUGGUUUCCGACAGUUAAUUCGAGAACUUUCCUUAAAAACGCGUAAAUUUAUAGGUAAUACAAGUAUGGAUCCGCAACUGUCGCUGCUAAUGGCAAAUCAAGCACAAGUUAAAUUAGGGGAUCUAGUUUUGGAUCCUUUUGUUGGGUCAGGAUCGUUAUUGGUAGCCGCAGCGUAUUUUGGUGGUUACGUGGUUGGAUCUGAUAUAGAUUAUCUAAUGUUGCAUGGAAAAAGUCGACCCUCUAGAAUUAAACAAAAGAAGAGGGACGAAAAUGAGAGUAUUAAAGCAAACAUGGAGCAAUAUUGUCUGCAGGACAAGUAUAUCGAUGUAAUGGUUAACGAUUUUGCAACAUCCUUCUGGAGGGACGAUAUCAGAUUUGACUCGAUCAUCACAGAUCCCCCAUACGGUAUACGAGAAGCGACAGAAAAGGUCGGAAUUCAUAAAGAAAAUUAUAGCAUUAGCGAAAAGCAUUUAUCUACUCACAUUCCCGCAAAAGUUCAAUAUGAAUUCUCCGAACUGUACCAGGACCUUCUAGCGUUUUCCGCUAAACAUUUAAGGAUAGGAGGAAGAUUGGUGUGCUGGUUUCCCAUCUUUAGGGAAGACUACUCCGAGGAGGGUCUGCCGACGCAUCAAUGCGUAAAAUUAGUUUCAAACAGUGAACAAGUACUAAGUAAAUAUACGUCUAGGAGAUUGUUGACCUUUGAGAAAAUUUGCGAGCCGCAAGAGGAGAAUUCGAACGGAGCCAAUACAAUAGCUGAUUUUAGGAAUAAAUAUUAUAAGGCUAGGGAUGAGAGUCGACGCGAGAGGAGAUUAAAAGAAGCUAACAUUAGAGAACAAAAUCUGCUUGAAGCACUACAGCGACAAACUCCAUUAAAGGACUAACUUUUAUUAUGAUUUCUUACAAUUAAUAAAUAAAUCUUUUUGUGUCUGUUUGUGUUAA